AUGAACUCUCACGUCAAAUCCGUCGGUGUCAAGGACGUUGAUCAGAGCGACUUUGUCGUUGCUCUGUCCGCCUUCCUCAAAAAGUCGGGCAAACUCAAGGUUCCCGAAUGGAGCGAUCUGGUGAAGACCGCUGUCUACAAGGAACUUGCUCCCUACGAUGAAGACUGGUUCUACACCCGAUGCGCCUCGGUCGCUCGCCACCUUUACCAUCGUCAACCUGUCGGCGUUGGUGCUCUGACCAAAAUCUACGGUGGUCGAUUCCGACGAGGUGUCCGCCCAUCUCACUACAAGCGCGGCGGAACCAGCGUUGCUCGCAAGUCUCUUCAAGCUCUCGAAGCUAUCAACUGGGUGGAGAAGGACGCCAACAGCGGUGGUCGACGACUUACGAGCGCCGGUUAUAAGGAUCUGGACCGAAUUGCCGCUCAGGUUCGCGAGGCUUCGAAGAAGGUCGUCCAGGAGGAAAUUGUUCCAGAAGUUUAA